AUGGAAGCCCCUCAGCCCGCUAUCGUCAAGAACGCCCAGCCCCAGGCUGUCGAGAUGAACGCCAUGUCUCCCGCGCCCGCGAGGGCUAACGGCCAACAACACCACCAGCACAAGGCCGAGCGCGUCCGCGGUGGUGGUGCCGGAAAGGACUGCUUCCUCGGCAUGAUUGAAUGCUUCCUUUGCUUCGAGUGCUGCAAGGACUGCUGCGAAUGCUGCGCGGAUAUCAUCUGCUGCCCGUGCGAGAUGUGCUGCUAA